AAUCCUAUGAAAUAUCGAACCAGCAUUACACGCCAGGCACCGAAAUUCUCUCCUACACGAUUGGAUAUACAAACCCAAUCUCACCAGAAGCUCAAGGCAGUCAUAUAAUAACCCUAUCGCAACCACUGUAUUCCAUGGUAAUAGUUCUGAUGAGGAAUUGAUCGCUGUUGAUACACACAUGUCCCGGCUCUAAACUCCCGAUAUGAAGAACAUAAUAUGCGAUGUAGAUAUGUAGAAACCUCUCCUUUAAAUAUAGAUAGAUAGGUAGAUACGAAUAGAUCCAACAAAGUCCGCUUCAUGCAAGAGAUAAAUGAAAUUCCCAGCAUAACCUCAUAAAAAUCUCUUGGCUCUCUCGCUAGAGAUGUUAUUCUCGCUACCUCUAAGCGCAUUAGCAGCUGCGUCUGCGUCCGCGUCUGCAGCAUCAACCUUCCCACCAGCACCUCACCCCAACUCCCUCCCGCACGAAAAGCGAGACGCCUCCCCCAUAUCCUGGAGCAAGCGAACCGCAGUCGACCCGAGCGCGAUCCUACCCAUGCGCAUAGGUCUAAAGCAGAGCAAUCUACAGCGAGGCCACGACCUGCUCAUGGACGUGUCGCGGCCCGACUCGCUUAAUUACGGGAAAUAUUACACCGCGGCGCAGGUGCGCGAGCUGUUCGCCCCGGCGGCAGAGACGGUGGAGUUGGUGCGCGGGUGGCUUGAGGACGCGGGUAUAUCUAGGGAGCGAGUCUCCCAGUCUGCGAAUAAGGGCUGGCUUCAGUUCGAUGCGAGUACGGAGGAAGCCGAGGGGCUUCUGAGGACGCAAUACCAUGUAUACCAGCAUAGAGAUACUGGGAGUCAGAAAAUUGCCUGCGAUGAAUACCACCUCCCGAGCCAUAUUCGCGAACACGUGGACUAUGUCACGCCAGGAAUCAAACUCAUUCCAGACGCCGAGGACAAAAAGCAAGCCUCCAUGAAGAAACAGAAAAGAGCCUCCCUAACAAAAGGGAGAGUCGACUCACCCUUAUCCCUAUCGUUAACACAGCUAAACACCACGAACCUCACAACCUGCGACACCGUAAUGACAAUCCCGUGCAUCCGCGCCCUCUACCAAAUUCCCGAGUUCACCAGCACGCCCAACCCGCAAAACCAACUCGGCAUCUACGAAUUCGCCGACGCCUGGAACCAAAUCGACCUCGACCACUUCUUCCGGGACUUCACGCCCUCGAUCCCAGCCGGCACUGCCCCCAGCGUCCACAGCAUCGACGGGGGCGUAUCCCCCGGCGCACAAGGCAAAGGGAUCGAAUCGCUACUCGACCUAACCCUCGCGAUCCCGCUCAUUUACCCACAAAAAACAGUGAUCUACCAAGGGCUAUUCAACAACUUCCUCGACGCGCUGGACGGGAGCUACUGCACGUCCUCCGCGUACGAGGAGACGGGGAAUAAUCCCGAUUACGACUACACGUACCCGGACCCAGCGUCGGAGUCAGAGGGGGCGUAUAAGGGGGAGUUACAAUGCGGCGUGUACGAGCCGACGAACGUGCUUUCGAUCUCCUACGACUGGGCCGAGGCCGUGCUCCCGGUCGCAUACCAGCGGCGCCAGUGCGACGAGUGGCUUAAGCUCGGGCUGCAGGGGAUCUCUGUCGUUUUCUCAUCGGCGGACUACGGGGUCGGCGGGGGCCCCGACUGGAGCGUGAAUAGAAGCCCGAACGCGUGUAUGGGCACAAACGGAACCGUCUUUAAUCCCGCGUACCCGGCUACAUGUCCCUACGUGACUGUAGCCGGGGCCACGUACUUGCCUCCAGGGGUUAACGUGUCUUCAGGCACGGGUGGUAAAAGCCCGGAAGUCGCUGCGUAUAGCAUAGGCCUGAAGUCCGGUGGUGGGUUUAGUAACGUUUUUCCCGCGCCGACGUACCAAGAAGACGCGGUAGCGCAGUACUUUAAGGCCGCGGAUCCGAUCGUGCAGGAAUAUCCAUACUAUUCAACCCAAUACAACGAAAGUGUAGGCGCGAACGGUGGCAUAUACAAUCGCAUUGGGCGCGGAUACCCUGACAUCAGCGCCGCGGGAGACAACAUGGUGAUAUAUUCGUACAACCAGACCGUAUACCCUAUCGGCGGAACUAGCGCGGCCGCACCUAUCUUCGCUUCUGUCCUGACGCUUAUCAACGAGGCGCGGCUAGCCGCCAACAAGAGCACGGUCGGGUUCGUGAAUCCUGUAUUGUAUGCCCAUCCCGAAGUGCUGAAUGACGUGACGCAGGGGAACAAUUCUGGGUGUGGGACCUCCGGAUUUAUCGCGUCGGAGGGGUGGGAUCCCGUUACAGGGUUGGGAACACCGAAUUUCCCGGCGAUGUUGGAUUUGUGGAUGAGCUUGCCUUAA